AUGGCAGAGAAAAAAUCAAUUUUACAUGAAUUAUACGUGUUUUCGGAAUGGAAGCCGGAGCCUGAAUAUAUACAAAAAACUGAUACUUUGUUGCCCGAGAAUAUAUCGAGUAUUUGGCGGUGGCUUAAGUUUUUCGGGUUAAAAAAAAGCCUUAUAGAUAGUGUAACCGUUCAUAAGGAGAAACAACAAAAAUGGCAUAUGGCAUUGGGAGAUGAAGGGAAGGUGCUGGCCAUCCUCACUGAUAACAUACUGGAAAUAAGAACAAAACGUUCUGAAUAUGCCACCAUCGGGGCUCGGACCACAGUGGCUCGUGAUCCUUAUCCCCAAUGGAGAAAGCUUGUAUGGAGUCCGGACUGUACAUUCCUUGUCGUUGCCUAUGGCAAUGGCAUUGUUAACUUCUUUGAUCUCACAGCUUCUAAUCUCUUCUAUAUACCUGCAGACUGUUCCCGACCAGGAGGUCUGGAGUGUUCAGACAACACGCAUGCUGUCUCCGACAUUAUAUUCAUGCCUCUCAGAGUGAAAGAUACUAAAUGGAACUGGGAGGUGUUAGUAAUAACUUUCGACGGUCGUCUCCGCGGAUACCUGGUGUCCGCGUCCGAGGGUUUCAAGCUGCACCACUCGUUCUCGUUCCCGGGAGGCGUGGCGGCCGCUGUGUAUUGUGCAGCACAUGGAGUGCUAUAUGUGGCUGGACCUCCCGCACCAGCUAGGAAGGAGUCGUGGUGUGCGAGCAGCGCCGGUCUGUCCGCGUGGCGCGUGUUGCUGGACGAGCCGUUCUACAAGCUGUCCGUGGUGUCGAGCGAGCUGCACGACAAGCUGGCCGCCGACUCCUGGAGCUACCUGCCGCGGCUGUUCAAUAACAACCUGGACUUCAUAGUCCGCAUGUCCGUGUCACCGGACAGCCAGUCCCUGGUGUGUGUCCAUUCGUCCGGACAGCUGUCCGUGUGGCGCCUGCCCGUGCUGUCCCCGGUGCGGCGCUUCGCCCUGUCCGCUCAGCCGGGACACGCGCUCCCCCACCCGCGGCGAGGCCCCGCCCCCGACCCCGCAUACACACACCCCGCUGACGUCACCUGGUGGAGCAAUGAGGAGAUCAUUCUGUCCCGGUUCAGCGGCGCGGUGUCUGUGUGCGGGCUCGAGGACAUGGCCAACAUACUCGGCAAGGGGCCGGAGUUCUUCGAGGGAACACCUCAGGUGUCGUGUGCCCACGACGGGUCUCUGCUGGCGUUGGAGUGCGAGUCUAGUACGGUGCCUCACAAACAUCAGAACUCCGAAGUAUCAAAAGAUGAAACUGAAUCCGAGGAUUCAGUGUUGGAGCUCACCAAGGAGUUAUUAAAGUCGUUGUUAUACGCUAUCACUGAUAUAGAGGCGCUGCAACCCAAACCCAGGAGAAUAACGGUGGUUUCCAGGAUAUAUAGACUGCUAGCCAUCAAGAGUACCACACCUACGGAAUUAUUCUCCAGGAAGAUAGAGAGCGGCAAGUACAAGGAGGCGCUGUCCCUGGCGGCGACCUUUGACCUGGACCGUGACCUCGUGUACCAGCAGCAGUGGAGGAGGAACCCCGUCUCCACGGACGCUAUACAUAACUAUCUGAGCAAAGUGUCCAAGAAGAUCUGGGUGGUUCACCAGUGUGUGGACCGUCUGCCGGAGAGCGCGCCCGCCGCACGACAUCUGCUGGACUUUGGACUCGAACUCACCAACAUACAUAUACUGGAAGAGAUCAACAAAGACUUGCCUGAUGAUGAGCAAUGCCAGGACGUAGAAGACAUCACCCUGGGACAUCUGAACGCCUACACCAGUGAACUGUUACGUUGCAGGCACGUUAUGCUGUUCUAUCAGGAGAGACUGCAACUGUAUGAGGCAAUAAUUCGUUGCGAGAAAUCCACCUACGUCAAAGAUGAGUACGACCGGUUGAGGAGCAAUAGUAUAGUACACAGUGCCAUGGAAAUAGCCAAAGAAGGUCGUAUAGAGGCUCUCACCUGCCUCUGGCCGUACAUCAAGAGUCUGCCGAUGCAGCAGGAAGUGUUGGACAUGAUACCAGAAACUCUGUACCCUCUCGACUACCAACAUCUUCUACCCACUAAGGAACCACUCACCUGGUUUGAGAAGAAAUCUCCAAUAAAGAUCAAACCCUCGGAGAACGAUAACGAUUGGUGUAAAAAGGAUAUAUUCAGAUCAAUAUGGAGCUCGAACUGGUCGGAAGACACCACCCCAGAGAGUGAGACCGCGAGUAAUAUAGACGGUGACCUCGCCAAGUGGUACGAGAAAAGGGCAAGGGUCAUUGAAGGUCGAUGUGGGCUAGUGUCCCACGCCCUUACAUUGGUUACCAUAGCAACCGUGGGAGGCGCCGUGGAAGGCUUGGAGAAUAUCAUGUUCCAUCUCUUAACAUUGGAUACGCUCAUAUAUGACAUCAACGUAGAAGGCGUCACUCUGGAACAGUUAGAAAAGAUGUCCUACUUGGACACCUGCAAGCUUCUAAUGAAAAUGUCUAAACCGGCUACGUUCGUGUCUGAUCUAAAAGAGUACGUGAUACCGUUCCUUAAGAGAUACGAGAACUUGACCAAACAGAACGGCAUCUGUCUCACUGGUAUGAUGGAGUUCCUCGAGAGCAUCAGCGUUGAAGACCUCUCCUAUAUACUGCUGGUGCUGCAGUCUCCCCGCGAGUUCGAGCUGGACGUGCGCACGCACCUCGAGCUGGUAGAGCGCUGCUUGUACUCACACACCGGCACGCACCAGCUGCACAUGGCCUGCGACCUGCUGCACACUAUACUCAAGGAAACUGACGGGAGCAUCUCCCGUUCGUCGCUAGUGCGUCGUGCGUCAGAGUUAGAACGCGUGGUGGCUGGCAGCGGGCGCUUGGCCUGGCGGGGGCUGCGGGUCCCGCCCGCCGCGCUAAGGGACCUACACACGGACCCGCCAAGAGCACACACGUUAUUGGCGCGACUGGCGAGAUCUUUACACGAUAGGGAGGACAAGCCGACCCAGCAAGAUUGGGAGAACUUGCUCAAAGAUAUUCUAGAACUACGUGAGUCUUUACUAGAGUGUAUUACCGAGGAGCAGUGUUAUGAGGCCUAUGCAUCAGCUUUAUUGACGUGUGGCUCCGAGGAGGGCAUACGUCUGGGGCCCUCUGUGUUAUCUGUGUCGGGGGCCCGAGGCUCCCCGCGACGACAGGUGGGCCCCGCGAGGACCGUGCAGCUAGUGAUGGACGCUGCGAAAGAAUACUUCAAUUCAGCCUCCAGUCUGACUGACCCGGCGCUGGAACUGGCCAAGUGUUGUUUGCUACUGAUAGAGGAUAGCAACAAGGAUAUAGAGCAGGAGUUGGAUCUCAUCGCAGCUCUACCACUACUCAGCGCCUUCAACCUCACGCUACUGCCCAUACAAGUUCGACUCUGUGAGGAUAGAAUGAAGUUGAUUCAGGACUGUCUCAACCUGGACCCGAACGCCUACCUCGCGAGCCAUAAGCUGUUGAAGCUGGCCAAGCUGUUGAGGAUCGCCGGGGACGACGAACAGGCGAGGGAGGGCCUGGUGCUAGUGGAGGUCGGUCGCAAGGCGCUGUCAGCCGGCGCGGCGGGCGGCGGAGCAGCCAGCACGGCCGCUAGGAGGCUGGCCGCGAUAAGACACCGGCCCGCCGCGCCGCUACUGGCUGACGUGGCGGGCGACGCGCACUCACACGCUGACACGGCCGAGAGGAGGUACCUGCUGGCCGCCGCGCUCACACACGACACGCCCGCCCGGCUGCACCAGCUGCUGAGACACAGAAUGAACCUGGAGCUGGAAAGUUUCCAUCAGAUGGGAGCGGCUGCCAGGGAGAACAGACGUCUGGAGGCGAGGUGGCCCUCCACCGACGAUGAGUUCUCAGAUGCCAUCACUACGCCCGUGAUCGAGGCUAAGGACUUGGUGCCGGCAUCAGAGAAGAAAAUACCUCUACUGAAUUACUUCCUCGAGACGUUCCAGAAUAAACCCACAACAGAGAGUGAGAAGAGUUCGGACAGCGAGCGUUCUGUUCAGUGCCAGGAGUUCUAUUGUGGCCUCUACCCUCAUCACAAGCCCUCACCCCACUACUACCGCUACGACUGCUUUUCCGUCCCCGAUGACUUAGCCGAGCAAGGCCAGGCCGCGCUGAAGUGGUUCUAUAUGAAGAGCUGUCUAGAAGGAGGGGAUGUGGACCAGAUGGAAGGGGAAGUGGUGACCAAGUGCGGUGAGGAGUUAGUGUUGAAGGACACGCCCCUCAGUGUGUCGUGCCUGGUGCUGGGUGCGCGUCGAGGCCGUUAUUCGGGCUCCAGGGCUUCGCUGGUGCCCUCUAUGUACGCCGCGCUGCUACACUCACACGAGCCUCACUUGAGGGACGCCGCAUACCGCACCAGGCCCGCCAAGAUGGCGUGCCUCACACUGACCCAGAACAGCGCGUCUGAGGAACAGACGGUCAUCAUCAGACAGUACAUUGACCGACUCAGCGGAGUGGGGGAAGUUGACAAGGUCAGGGGCUACGGAGUCACCGUCAACGGGGCUCUGUUCCAAGCUGACCCUGACUACCGCGCUGAGGUCAUAUACAGGCUGGCCAAGUCGGGUAAAGAACAGGCGAAGUUAGCUUGUUACCUAGCUCAGAAGCACGGGCUGGAUGUUUUGGAGGUGUGGCUGCAAUAUGCUGGAACAGCUGUUGGAGACCUGGACGUGGAGAUGUUACCUCCUGGAGGAGAACAAGCUGCACAGAGAAUAUUUGAUCACCUGUGGCCGCUGAUCCCUGGUUCAGACCACUCGGCGCUCAUCAACAUGUUCAAUGUGUUGAAGAAGCUCAAUGACAAGUUGCUGCUGCACGGCCUCACGCCUGUGGAACACGUCAAGCUGCUCAAGAAAACUAGAGCAGCUUCUAAAGAGCUGGACUACAAGUUGUUAGUAAAUCCUCCCGCCGAUGAUGAGUUGUGUUCUCACGUGGUGUCCGUGUGCCGGCCCGACACAGUAGGGCUGGUGUCCAAGCUUCUCCGCUCGCUGCCCGCUCCGCUCCGCUCCCCGCUGCCGCCUCACACCCUGUACACAGCCUGGCUCACCAAGUACUUCUUCAGCGUGGGCGAGUCACCGGUGAGCAGUAAGAAGUGGAUGCAGCAGUGGCGGCAGUGCGCGAGUUACUUCAACAAGCUGGACCACCACGAGUUGCUCAAGUUCGUCACCAACACAUGCUUCACAGAAGAAGCUAUACGGAGGGUCCCGGCUGGUACUCGCAGCCUCAUGAUCAUGCAAGCAGUCGACUACUGCCAGCAGGAGCAAGAGAACGAAAUGAAAUUCACUAAGAACGAGCAGGGCUGGUCUGAAACGGGUCAGGAGCUAAGUCGUUGGGGCCGCUUCCUCGAUAACUACCAUUCGGACAGCGUGGCCGCUUUGAGGACCGUCAGCGAACAGUCUGACGCGUGGCCUGCCCUGGAGUUAAGUCGUGGUGAGCCCGGGCCGGCGUUGGAGGCCCUCUCCUCCUUGUGUAGGAGCGGCCUGCGAGCCUCCGCCCUCGCGUCCUUACUGAGAUGUCUGGGCCUGCCCUAUGACGAGCCCGCCGUGUUACAACACGCGCUCACAACCAUACGAAACAAGGACGACAUGUCGAGCGUGGUGUGCCGCGUGUGCCAGUACCACAAGGCGGGCGUGCGUGUGAGCGAGGAGCUGGUGCAGCAGGUGCUGCAGCGCGCGGCCGAGCAGCAGCUGGAGCCGCACAAGCUGCUGGGCGUGCUGGCCAUCAGCAGGCGAGCGAGACUCACGCACCGACCAGACCUAGAACACGUGGCGCGCUCCUCUGUGGAUCUGUUCAGAACCGAGUGGAGCGACUCGGAGUAUGCCAAGCAACUGACCGAGGAAAAGUUGAUGACAGCGGAGGGUCGUGAGGAGGUGUACCUGGCGCUGUCGGCAGAGGGAGACACUUGGCCCAGGAAGAAGGCGCUGGUUGAUGCUCUGGCCUGUUGGCCAAGGACACCACUUGCUGGCGGUAUGAGUGCUCAAGGCUCGCUCGCACAGAAACUUUGCCUGGAGCCGCCGAGAGAGGCGCGACUGUUGUUACAACUAUUACUGAGGAGGCCUAUGAUUACUGACGAGGAGCUGAAGAUAAUAGCCAACGAGGCCUGUGAGAGCGCAGCGCUCAACACCAUCUGGGUCAUACUGCUCAGUAAAUGUGAAUGCUCAGUAGAUCUAUUAGUACAAUUUGUGGACAAACAUAAGGAGAUAAUCAAAAAUGAGAAUAUAGACGACGAUUUGAUCAGGGAACUCUUAGAUCAGGGGAUGUUUAUUAAAAUGGUUUUCAGUCCUCUUUAUUCGUUUAUUAUAAACUACAUUAUCAGAAGAAAUACAGGCGAAGACGGUAAUCACUACUCAGUUACGUGGGCUACUAAUGAACUACUCAAAGCAAACUACUUAGCGGAGGCCGGUCACUUGCAUCUGUUAGCCUCGGGCGUUCCCGCGGGACUGCGAGGAUUCACACAGACGGUGUUGCAAUAUAAAAAUAAGUUUCAUUAA